AUCCCCGUUCAGUGCUGCGCUGGCCGGCUCCCGGGAUGGAGAACCUGCUGGAGAACCCGGUGCGCGCCGUGCUGUACCUGCGGGAAUUGACCAGCAUCGUGCAGAACCAGCAGAGCCUCAUCCACACCCAGCGGCAGCGCAUCGACGAGCUGGAGCGGAGGCUGGACCAGCUGGGCAGCGAGAACCGGAGCCUCCAAGGGCAGAGCCUUGGGCAAAGCCAGGGGCAGAUCCAGAGCCUCGGGCAGAACCAGGGACAGAUCCAGAGCCAGGGGCAGAUCCAGAACCAGAGCCCUGCGCAAAGCCAGGUGCAAAGCCAAGGGCCAGCCGAGAGCCAGGGGCAUCAACACCCCCCAGCUGCCCCUUCCAACGAAGACGCAGAUCCUGCACCCAGGAGCUCCCCGCAGAUUCAUCAGCACAAGCCGGCCGCCCUGGGCAAGGCUAUCCUGGGCAGAAAAUCCGAGAAUGAGACAGUUUUACAUCAGUUCUGUUGUCCUGUUGCCGACGCUGAACAGAAGCCAUCUCCGCCAAGCGAUGAGUCUGCACAGAAGAGCUUGCUGUGCGCAGCCUGGGAUGUGCAAGACCCGAUGCGGCAGACAGGGGGCAGCACGAAGCUUCCCGGAGAGGAAGAGUCCCUGAGCAAGUCGAUCCUGCACCAUACGGGGUCUCCAAUGAGAGUGCAACGGGGGAAGAAUGCAGCCACCUGCUCUCACGGCACCAGCAACACGGAUUACGAGCUGUCCAUGGACCUCAAGAACAAGCAGAUCGAAAUGCUUGAGCACAAAUAUGGAGGCCAUCUGGUCUCCAGACGAGCAGCCUGCACAAUCCAGACAGCCUUCCGCCAGUACCAGCUCAGCAAGAACUUUGAAAAGAUACGAGACUCUCUGCUGCAAAGCCGCCUGCCGAGACGUAUCUCUUUACGGAAGGUACGAGUACAUAACACAGAGAACUUCCCACCUGCCGAGAAGGCGCUAUUGGAGAGUUACAAUCUGAUGGGUAUUCCGCUGGUCAGAUCUCCAUCACUUCCAGCUACCAUCAGUGGAGCAUUAACCGAGCUUGAAGACUCCUUCACCGAGCAGGUACAGUCACUGGCCAAAUCAAUUGAUGAUGCCCUUAGCACCUGGAGCUUAAAGACCAUGUGCGCCUUCCCAGAGGCAGGAGCCUACCAGAUCCGGGAGACCUUCAUGCAGCAGAACCCAGAACUGGAACAAGUCAAACUGGAACAGAGAGACAACGAGGAAUCGCAGCUUGGGACACUUCCAAAGAGUAGUAGUACAUUGAUGAUGGCUUUCAGAGAUGUCACCGUUCAGAUAGACAAUAACAACAUAUCCGUCUCAUCGUCCACUUCUCUCUCUAUGGCCAACUGCCUCGCCGGAUCUCAGACCACCAAAUCUGAAGAGGACAGGGUUUGUGGGGACACAUCCUCAGAGCUUACAUCUCAGGAGACUUCUACUCAUGAUAUGAAUGCUGUGCAGAACUCCUUCCCUGAAGUGAAUGGAGAUGGGAUAGGGAAAGAGUUGGUAGGACCAGUGCCCACCGAGACAGAACCAGCAGACCUCUCGGAGCAGUUGAGCAGCAGUAGCACAUCCACCUCUGCCAAGUCUGUAUCUGAGGUUUCAUCCAAGGAGGCCUUGCAAGCCAUGAUCCUCAGCCUCCCCCGGUAUUACUGCGAGAAUCCAGCUAGUUGCCGUUCGCCUACCCUCUCCACCGAUACGAUGAGGAAGAGACUCUACCGCAUUGGUCUGAACCUCUUCAACGUUAAUCCCGACAAGGGGAUCCAGUUCCUUAUCUCUCGCGGUUUUAUCCCAGACACCCCGAUUGGGGUGGCUCAUUUCCUUUUACAGCGGAAGGGACUAAGCCGUCAAAUGAUUGGGGAGUUCCUGGGGAACAGCAAGAAGCAGUUCAACCGCGAUGUACUUGACUGCGUGGUGGACGAGAUGGAUUUCUCGAACAUGGAGCUUGAUGAAGCUCUGCGAAAAUUCCAGGCGCACAUCCGAGUCCAGGGAGAGGCACAGAAAGUGGAACGUUUGAUCGAAGCAUUUAGUCAGCGUUACUGUAUGUGUAACCCAGACAUUGUGCAGCAGUUCCACAAUCCGGACACGAUCUUCAUCUUGGCGUUUGCCGUGAUCCUUCUGAACACGGACAUGUACAGUCCGAGCAUCAAGCCGGACCGCAAGAUGAUGCUGGAGGAUUUUAUCCGAAACCUGCGAGGGGUGGACGACGGAGCUGACAUCCCUCGGGAAAUGGUAGUCGGGAUUUAUGAGCGUAUCCAGCAGAAGGAGUUGAAAUCAAACGAGGAUCAUGUGACCUACGUGACUAAAGUGGAGAAAUCAAUUAUGGGAAUGAAAAGUGUUCUGUCCGUCCCCCACCGACGGCUGGUUUGCUGCAGUCGACUUUUUGAGGUGACGGACGUGAACAAGGUCCAGAAACAGGCAGCUCAUCAGAGAGAGGUCUUCUUGUUCAACGACUUACUCCUGAUCUUAAAACUUUGUCCCAAGAAGAAGACAUCUUCAACCUACACGUUCUGCCGGGCGGUACCGCUGCUUGGGAUGCAGUUUCACCUCUUUGAGAAUGAGUAUUACCCUCAUGGGAUCACACUGGUCAGCCCUCUCUCCGGUUCCGACAAAAGGCUGGUUUUGCACUUUUGUGCCCUGGGAGCCGAGGAACUACAGAAAUUCUUAGACGAUCUGAAGGAAUCUAUUUGCGAAGUGACCGAGAUGGAACAGAUACGCAUUGAAUGGGAGCUGGAGAAGCAACAUGGGGUGAAGACCAUCCCCAUGAAGACCAAUGGGUCUCAGCUGGACGCUCAGUCCAAGCAGGAGUCCCCCACCGGUAAGCGUGAGGCACCUGAAAAGGACACAGACAGCACAGUUGAGGUGUCAAUUCACAACAGGCUUCAGACGUCCCAGCACAUCGACCCCCAGGAGCCCGAGAGUGGAGCUCAGGGCAGCACGGCUCCUAACGGGCAGCAGGAAGCCCUGCAGGCUGCCUCCUCCGACCGGCUCCUGCAGUGUCAGCAGAUUGUCAAGGUGAUUGUGCUGGACACACCUGGCCGGGCACUGCCCGCCCUCGACCAGACUGUCACCCGCUACGUGUCUGGGUCCUGCUCCUCCACCCCACUGCGCAGUGUAGGAGGGAGCAUCCACCAACCACCAUUACCCCCUCCUCCACCUCCGUAUAACCACCCCCACCAGUAUUGCCCUCCAGGCAUCCUUCUGAGAGAGCGCAGGUAUUCCAGUGGCUCCCGGAGUCUUGUGUAGGCACUCGGGUUCUUACCUGCCUCCUUGGACUUACCUUCCUGCACACCCGCCGGUCCUUGCACACUAACUGGAACCCGCCUGUUUCUUCACGCUAAUGCCUGUCCUUCUACACUCAACUCAGUCUGCGUAUUUUUAAACUGUUCCUCGAAACGGAUAAUUCUACAUCCACCCCCUCGUUUCUCCUUAUGCAUUAACCCUGACACUCGAGGUCCUUUGCACAAACUCACCAGUCCCCUUUUUAUGCCUUUUGAGAGAUCCCCGGUUUAGGUAUUUUAGUAGGUUUUAUCUCUCUCUCUCCCAUGUGUUUUUACUGUGGAGAAACCUUUAUAUAAUCAACACGUCUUGGACAACCAACCCCGCACCCUGUUCCGUGUCCCAUUCCUUCCACACGUCACACACACAAGGAGUCACCCGAACCAUCGCACCCUCGGAUUCUGCAGGACCAGUCCCUCCGUUCCACCAUUUGGAUGGACAAAAAAAACCCCAAUAUGGAGUUUAAAAGGCAAAGCCCCAAAAUUAGCAGAAGGGCGCCUGCGAGAGGUGGAAGGUGAAGAAGCGUUGGUCUUGGCAGACGUUUUGCUCCCCAGGAUGGGAUAUGACGACGAUGCUCUACAGAGCCGGUGGGACUGCUAUAAACGUUCUUGGGAAGAGCAGAUGGGUUGGAAACUUUGAAUUGUGUAGCUUUUGGGGUUUAUAAUUGGGACAUUUUGCAAAACGUGGGGG